CACCCCUAAGCCUUAGAGCUAGUUAGAGCUCGAGUGAGAGCAAUGGUGAAAAAUCACACUGACCGCCGCCCCCGAAGUCGUCCCAUUGUAAUCCAUUUUAUUGUGAUCUUUGGACAUUAAUCCAUCCCCAGGGAUGAUCAGCAUUAGUCUCCACCCUUCUCGUUCAUGGUCUUCCCCUGAGAUAUGUACCUACCCCGGUUUGAUUCGACGGAUGAUCUGGACAUAAACUGAUAACUCUCGCUCGCUCUCCGACUACUAGAAUUUUCAUACUCCAUUACGCUCGGUCUGAUUGUGCCCAGUGAAACUCAUCCGGCCCCGUUUUCGGUCUCCUGGUCUCGGUCCUGCAGUCUAGCCCAUGGAGUACGUCAGUGUCGAGCCCCUCUCAGUCUCUGUCAGUCUCUCUGUGAGCGUACCCGUCUCCGGGCCUAUCUGGCCUAUCGAGUAAGUGGGACUGCUCAGCUGGAGUGGCUGUUACCCUCGGAUUAUCCAGGGCUAACCCACCCGGUCUACCUAGCAACGGUACGCACGAGGGGAUUUUGGACAGAGGGAUCGCGUUUCGCUGUUGUGGCGCAUAGGAGUGGGUGGAGGAGGAGGCUGACCUGACUCCGCGAGCACGGGCAUUCGGGCGACUCCGAGAACACGAGAACACUGUCCGUGGCUCGUUCUGCCUCGUGGCUGGCUCAACACACCGAGCAGAGGGAUCGACAGAUCCGACAGAUCCGACAGAUCUGACUGGGCACACAUUGGCACACACACACGCUCAGUCUGGAGUGAUCAACAUGGAGGUGUAAAAACGGACAUAGACCCACAUCUCUUCAAUCCUAUCAGUCGCCCUUUGGAGCUGACCAAGCUGACAUUUUGUAAUUCAGGUUCUUGGGUUGGCCCGGACGUCCGUUUUUUUGUUACGGUUGUUUUAUCGAUCUAUCAUCCCUCGAUCGGGCUCUCCUUUAGCGAGCAGAUCUUGGACGUGAAUUAUUCAGUGAGAAGAUCCCAACCGAACUGCAGGGACGGAUUUUACAGUUGGUCCGGAGAGGCUUCUGUCAGUUUCAGUGUCAAAUAUCAUACCAGUGUGACAAAAGAGUUCUCUCCCUCUCUCUCUUGCUCUCAUUUGGAAAUACUCUCAGCGCCGAAAUUAGACGUCCAUCCAGGAUCACUCGUCUGAGCGGUGAAUUGAAGUUGAACUGAGUAAAUAUGGCAAUGACUCAGGAGAAGAUAUCUCCCUCAUAAGAGGGUGUCAAAGCCGGUUCUGUGCGUGUUUGUGUGAUCAGUGUGUGCAUGUGGACUCGCCAAGAUGGAACAGGGAGAAAGUGACUCGGCCGUCAUCUACGAGAACGGCCAAUUUCUGGCCGCCAAUCCCAAUCCCUUUGGGUCUUUCGAUGACGAGUUCGGAAGCCCACCUGCAUUGCCCGUGCGACGCCACGGAUCCGUGAGUUCAACCACCACCGACAAGAGCCAUAACAGCUGGGAUGAGACUCGAGAAAGGGCUGCCUCAAGAGCUUCGAAAGUGUCUUCCUACGACGAAAUGGGCAUUAACCAUGGCCGACCUUAUGUCAUUCAAAAGGUCCCGGAUGAAACUGAUGCGGCGCCGACGGGAAUUGAGACCCGGGGGGGAGAAGAGGAGAGCGAUUCUUUGACCUCUGUGGCGUUCGAGUCUCCGUUGAAGGAACUCCAGUCACGCUCGCCACCCCCGAGAAUCCGACCCAUUCCGGCCCCGAGGCUCUCGAAGUUGACGAAGCCAAACUACGAGAACCACGACAUCCCCACCACUAUCCUUCAGUCUUUGAACAACAGCUUACCACAGAAGAUCGAAGAUCCCAAACAGAAGAUCGUGAUUGAGCCCGAGGAGUAUUCCGAUCCCAUUGACGCCGACGACAACGAGAACUUCUACUCGGAGAUCGACUCGAAUUUCAACGUCCCCGACUCCGAAAUCGGCGAGGAGGUGAUCCCGUCGAUUUUGGAUGAAGACAUCGCCGAGACCGAGCGCAUCUACAUGGAUAUCGACGAGAUCCGAGCCCAGCAAAAUCCGGAGUCUUGGAGUCGAUUGAACACCAUCGCCAUCCGAGACAAUUUCAACAAGCUUUGGGAGGAAGCUGCUAAAGAGCUCGAUCGGGAGGAGAAGUUUGUCCAAGAAAUUGAAAAGAUGCAGAUUAAGGACACUCAAAGUGAGGCCAAAGGAGCCGUUCAAAUCUCGCGAUCGUCCUCAGGGAAUCAACACUCCUACGAUAGCGUGGCCUUGCCAGGCGCCAAGUUUCGGAUCCAAAACGGUGUUCAGGUGCCCGUGGCCAAUUUCACGCUAUUGAAAAAGUUCGAUCCGUGCUUUGAACGCUCCGAAUCCAUCGAGGAGGAAAACGAGUCGGACGAAAACUCCGACGACGACGACAAUGAUAAUAAUGAUGAUGACGACGACGACGACGUGUCUUCCAUAUGUUCCGGAAGCUUCUCCAUCAUAUCCGAUAGUCGACUCCUGGCCCCACCGGUCCCUCCCCCUCGCAAAUCCUCAUUCUUACCUUCCUCGUCUACGUCCAUGGACGAAACAGAUUCUCGUCGAACUUCUACUGGCUCUUCCGUAACUGAUAUUCCUCCACCCAGCCAACCUCCCCCGAACAAUCCAUACGAAAACGUGUGGGUUCCAUCCAGUCGCAAACGUUCAUACCUCGUCCAUUCUGAAUCGUCAGACGAAAAAUAUCCAGACUCGAUCACAUCCUCGAGCACAUCGUUGUCAUACAAAUCCGGAGGCGAACCGGAUCCGCAGACUUGCGUUUAUGCCCAGCCGAUCAAAAACAAGCACGUGAUGGCCGUCAAAGGCAUGGAAGAUGAUUCCCAAUCCAUGGGCAAGGGAACUCCUCAUGGAGGAUCGGUUCAGAGUCUGCGUGACGUGGGUAGGUCUUCCUCGACGAGCAAUCUAUCGUUUCUGACGAAAAAAUUCUCCUUCUCCAAGAUGACUCGGAAAUUGUCGGAGCAAGUCAUGAAACCCAAUCUGUCAGGAUCAAAGGAGAACAACGCUGUCGGUGCUUCCCAACAAAGCUCGCCCAAAGAGUCUAAAGCCAUGAUCAGAGUUGAUGCUCUCAGCAAAGGCUCCCGGAGUCGUCGUGGGUCGGCUUUGUCCGACAGCUCUUGGUCCGGGACCACGUGCCAUAGCGGCCCAUUGUAUGUGUAUUCCAAGUCGAAGAAGACCCAAGCCCACGAGAAAUGGUGCGUUUUGGGCAAUGCGGCUCUCUCCUACUUUCAUCAUCAAGAUUCCCUGGCCGAGCCCAAAGAGGCCAUUCACCUGCAACAGAUCUUGUCCUUGAAUAAGCGGACAGUGAAGGACGAGAACGGCAUUCUUUUCUGCUUCGAUGUGGCGUUCACACAUCAUUGGGAAAAGUUCCAGAAACAUGGGAGCAAACUCAUUGUCCGCACCUUCGGCUCCACCACCACCGCCAUCCGUGAUACUUGGGUGGACAAGAUCGCUCAAAGUCUUAGUGUCAAAUUGGAGACCUUUUCCAUGCACGAUUGCUCCAAAUUGGGAUGGGUGUUCCUCAAGGUGAUGUUUGCCGGCGAAUGGCAUCCUUCGUGGAUCUCUUUACGCGGACCGUUCUUCUACUACGGCCUCAAAGACGAAGACACCAUGGAGCGCAUCGAUCUGAAGAAGACCAAGAACGUGACCUUGGUGAAGGAGACCAAGAACUUGAAUGCCCCCGAAUUUGGGGCACCCGUGAUUGUGGUGGAUUUCGUCGAUCGAUCCCUGUACCUCCAAGCUCGCCAUGAGAAAGAAAUCCAUCACUGGAAGUUUGCUCUCGAGAGCUUGGCCUUCAAUAAUGGACAGCACUUGUCUGAGCAACAAGUGACCAAAGACGAGAUCCCCGUGAUUGUAGAUCAAUGCGUCAACUUCGUGUUUCGUCACGGGCUCUUGACCGAAGGCAUUUAUCGACACUCGGGCGUGAAGACCAAGAUCGAUCGGCUCCUAGAUCAAUUCCAAAAAAACGCCUGGGCUGUGGGCCUUUCCCGAGAGGAAUUCUCCGAGCACGAUGUGGCCAACGCAUUGAAACGCUUCAUGCGGACCUUGGAUGAGCCUUUGUUAACCGAGGCCUUGAGGCCCAUGUGGAUGGAGGCGUCCAUGAUCGAGCAAGGGAGCGAAAAACUGGAAAGAUACGAGGAACUUCUCUUGGGUUUGCCUGAUGUCAAUGUUCGCACCUUGCGCCGUCUCAUCGGACACUUGCGAGCAGUUGCCAAUCAGUGCGAACGGAAUCUCAUGUCCAACUUUAAUUUGGCCGCAAUCUGGGGUCCGACCCUCUUGACAGUGGACAAUCAGCCGGCCUCGAAUUUUGCCCGGACCUCGGGGGAAGCGGACGUUUGCAAGGAUCUCAUCGACCAUUACUUGCGGUUAUUCAAAGUAACCCGAGAAGAGUUGGAUCGGGAAGAGGAAAUCCUCAAGAAGACCCAAAGCUUCAACAGAAAUCCAAUGCCUAUAAAAAUUACAAGCGAAGUUAUGAUGUUUGUCCAUAUUGAUACCAAAACCGGCGACGAUUUUGUCAGUAUUGCCGUCACUCCCAAAAUGACCGCACACGAGCUUCAACAAAAGGCUCUUCGAGAGUCCAAUUACGCUGGCGACACUUCCAAAUUCAUCCUGCACGAAGUGAUCCAAGGCGGUCUGAUGGAGAGGCCCAUUCAUUAUCAAGAGAUCAUCUACGACGUGGCGCUGAAGUGGUGGGAGUGGUCGGAAGAGGAUCGCCGUGACACCUACCUCCUUUUGAAACGCAAUACAUUCUUCGAGGAAGCUCUCCCGUGUGCCAUACCGCCCUUGUCCGUGUUUGGCGAAGCCUUGUACUCCGACAAUGUCAAGGCCAGCAAAGCCAGUUUCAAGAAAUACCAUUUUUCCGUGAAUAAUGCCAAAAUCACCCGCCGAAAAGAGCUGAAGAACGGGGAAACGCAGGAGAUGGAUUCCUUCGACAUAGAAAAGAUCAUUUGGUAUUUGGGCUGUGAGGUGAAGAAACACGCUCCUUCUAAUUACAACGUAACGUUCAUCGAGAAAGACGGCAAGGUGGAGCGCACCAAAGAGCGGCCCUAUUUUGGUCGAAUCAUCUCGUUUAGUAGUCGAGAAUUGUAUAUCAAGUGGAUCGCUGCCAUGUUGGUGGCUGAGCAUCAAAAUGAUAUAAUUCCGUCCGUACUUUUACUCAACCUCGGCGAAGACGAAACGGUCGUCGAGGGUAGCCAAUCAAACUCAAGCGAAGCGUAACGGGGCAUUCAUCCACAUAGUGUAUGUAUCGUAAGCACUGGAACGACGACAACAAUCUUCAUUGAUUCUCACAAAGUUAAUCAAAUACCCGCUCUCUUUCUCUCUCUCUUUCUAAUUCUCCUGCAUGACACGUGUUAUUAAUUUGAUCAAAAUAAACCAAAGACAUGCCUUUAA